CAAACCGCGUGUUUUUAUCUUAGGUGUUAGAUUUCCUCGUUCGUCAUUUCUGUCUUCGGCGUAUUUAGCGUUUUCCACGUGUGACAUCCGAUUUCCUGAUCAUCCUUUUCUUGGUAUUCUUAUUUGACCGUGAACCGAAGGUAUAUAAAACACGACUCGAGUCUAGUUCGUCAAUUUUCCUUCAAAAUCAUAUACCAUAUGGUGAAAAGCCAUGAUGCUGCGUAUCAUACUGUGUAUUACACUGUGCUGGACCCUGGCGAAUGCCUACUCCAGCACGUAUAUUAUCGUCUCUCCGAACGCCGUACGGCCGGGACUCCCUUUGAACGUCAGCGUGACCAUCCUUAAGGCGCCCGCUCCAGUAGAUGUCACGUGUACCCUUGUCAAGGACAACGUCGAUAUUACGUCACAGACCGGGACAUUUCAAGCAGGAAAGCCUGGGACCCUUUUAAUUCAGGUUCCGACCAGCUCUACUUCCGGGUCGUACAGUCUGCGCGUAGUAGGAAGCGGAGGAUUGCGCUUCAGGAAUGAGUCCCAGCUCGCCUACAAGUCUAAAGGAAUGUCCAUCUUCGUCCAGACGGACAAGGCCAUCUACAAACCCGGACAGACAGUGCGUUUACGAGCGUUGGCAGUGUAUCCCGACUUGAAGACUUUCAAUGGUCCUAUGACAGUGGAAAUCUACGACUCGCUGAAGAACAAAAUUAAGAGAUGGGUCAACCUGCAAGAGCCCUCUGGUGUGGUUGCCGCUGAUCUUCCUCUCUCAGAACAACCGCCCCUUGGCAACUGGAAGAUCAAAGUGACCGUGGCGGGCCAAACCGAGGAAAAGCAGUUCAGUGUGGACGAAUACGUUCUUCCAAAAUUUGAGGUGACGGUGAAUCUACCAUCAUUCAUGUUGACCACGGAUAAACAACUCAAGGGGAGCGUGAGCGCAAAGUACACCUAUGGCAAAGCAGUGGAAGGCACAGGUGUCGUGAAGUUGAAACUUGAUUACUAUUCGUAUAGGUACAAGGGACCGAGGGAGAUCGUCAAGCAUCUCACGCUGGUCGACGGGAAAGCCGACUUCACAGAGGACGUGGCGGUCUUGGAGAAUAUGUAUCAUUAUGGGCUAAGCUACAGAAAGGUAAUUGUGGAAGCCCAGGUGACAGAGACCCUCACUGGCAUUACGCUGAAUGGGACGGCAGAAACAAAGUUCCACACUACUCCAUACAAGAUAGAGAUACCGUCCUCCACCCCUAAGUCUUUUAAACCGGGACUUAGAUACACCGGCUUUGCGAAAGUGAGCUUGCAAGACGGGAGACCAAUUGUUGGAGCACGCCCAAAGCUUCAGAUCGACGCUCGGGUUCAAUAUCCAGAGGUAAUUCCAGAUGGAGUGACUACUACCACUCCCCGCUACUACUGGGGUGUGUACCCCCGUUACACCUACAAAAGUGAGCCCACCCAGGUACUUGAGGUACCAGAUGACGGGUUUGUGCAUUUCAAUAUGGAUGUUCCAAAGAGGGCAUCAGAGGUUUCAUUCACAGUUAAAUAUGGAACCAUAACACGUUACCACAGUGUUGAUGCAUUUAAGUCUCCAAGCGACAGCUUUCUUCAGGUCCUAUUGAAAACACCAUCACCACAGGCUGGAAGCAAUGCUGAAUUUGAAGUCAAGUCGACCGAGCAAGUGAAAGAAGUGGUCUACCAGAUUUUGGCUCGUGGAAACAUUGUGUCAACAAAGAGAGUCACCGUGGAUGCCGCCAAGCCACUCCAAGUAACUAUUACCCCAGAGAUGGCGCCUAAAUCUAAGAUGGUCAUCUACUAUGUGCGUAGCGACGGUGAAGUUGUUGCAGACAGUCUUAAUUUCAACGUGAAGGGAGCUUUUAAAAAUCAGGUCUCCCUUCAAUUUGACAAAACCAAGGCAGAACCCGGCCAAAAAGUGAGCGUGUCACUGUCUGCCGAUCCUGGAUCGUUUGUAGGCCUCUUGGCUGUAGACCAAAGUGUGUUGCUGCUUAAAUCUGGGAAUGACAUCACUCAAGAGGAGGUAUUGGGGGAAUUGGAUACAUACGAUACAAGGAAAGAGUCGUUUUAUGGCUGGGGUGGACGUCCAGUCAUUGGAAGAAAGAAGCGUUCGAUUUGGUGGUAUCCCAUUCCGAUAGGUGGCACUGAUGCACAUGACAUGUUCCAGAACACCGGCGUCGUUGUUUUAUCCGAUACAAUGCUUUACCAGCAUAAAGAACCAAUGAUAUGGCGUUAUCCGUAUAGACCUCCGUACCCCAGGUACAGACCAAGAGGUCCCUCUAACGGGUCUGAUGGAAGAGGAAGGGGUCCUGCGGGCCCUGCUGGUCCUGCCGGCCCAAGGCCGCCAAUGACGCCAAGCACACCGAAGGAGAACCCAAAAGACUUGGCAGAAGUAGAAAAAAUACGAAAAGUAUUCCCAGAAUCAUGGCUGUGGAACAAUGUGACAGUUGGGUAGGACAAGGAACAAACAUGUCCCAUUCACCCCUAAUUAUCAUAUAUUUUUAAUUUUCAAAUUAUAUGGUGCAAUGCAAUGGUGCAUGCUAUCUAUCUAUCCUUAUAUAUAUCACAGUGUUCAUACCCAGGUAGCAUAUCAUUAACCUCGCUAACACUCCCCAUAAACUAACUUGAUAGUACGUGUGAGGGUUUUACUGGUCUGUAAUCUCGAUGUUACCACGUUCAUAUUUAUGCUCAUUUAAAUAGACAUGUAGUGAAGUAGUGGACACAAAACCAGGUA